AUGGACGCGCUGAUGAGGCGGUAUCCCGCCGGCUACGUCGAGAUCAUGGGGAGCGUGUCCGUGCAGCUGGUGUACCUGGCCUUCGGGCUGGUCCUCGAGCAGCUGCGGCCGUCGUACGCCAGCGAGACGACGCCGGCGAUGAUGGCGCAGAGCCUCCGGAACCACGUCGUGGCGACCCUGACCCACGUCGCUUUUGUCGUCGCCAUGGGCGGCCAGUCGAUGCUGACCCGGACCUUCAUCCCGCCGUACAGCCUGCCGUCCGCCGCCGAGGUCGUACGGGACCUCGCCGUCGGCCUCCUCCUGCGCGACGCCGUCUUCUACGCCAUCCACCGCCUGUGGCACGCCCCCGGCGUCUACAAGCGCGUCCACGCCAAACACCACGAGAUCCGCCAUCCCGGCCGCCACCACGUGCUGACCAUCAGCUACAUGUCCGUCGCCGACUUCAUGUUCCUCUACGGCUUCCCCGUCGUCGGCAUCGCCAAGCUGCUCGAGAUGAACCUCGCCACCACCCUCGCCUUCUCCUUCGUCUCCGCCGUCGGCGAGCAGGUCAAGCUCCUGUGGGGCGACGACGCCCACGACGACCACCACCUGCGUCUCGCCCCCAACUACGGCGUCUACGGUCUCAUGGACGCCCUCUGCGGCACCACGGGCCCAGUCGCGAGGCUCGUGCGGAAGAGCCGCAAGGAAUAA